AUGAAAUAUUAUUUUUUCUUGAUCGUACUAUCAAAAGAAAUAAAUCCACUUUCAGGGAAUACAGUGGGAAUUUGUUCGAAUAAGUCUAUCGGAGAACCUCUGGAAUGCUGUGUAAACUAUCGCCAAAUUGGUGAGGCUUGUGAAGAAUGUUCGCUGGGAACGCAUGGUCCGAACUGUACAACUCCGUGUCCCCAUGGUUUUUAUGGAAGGUUUUGUGGAGAGACAUGUAAACAGUGUGGACUGUGUGACCCAGUUAUAGGAUGUGUUGAACAUCAAAAUGCUACCGGUAAAACCACGAAUAGAAAUGAUUAUAGCAAGGGUGUGAACUGGUUGACUAUAGCAAUGUCGGUGACUGGGAGCUGUUUAGUUAGUUUACCAUUUGGCAUGUUUACUUAUUUUAAACGAAGGGUCAGAUAA